GCUAUUUCUCUCCCCUCCCUCUCCCUACAGCGACGAGGGUGUUUCUUUUGUUGCUGUUCGCUUAUGCGACAAUCCCCUCUUGUCUGGUGAUUUUGUGUUGACUCCCGUGUGAGUCGGUCCCGCUCGAUUGAGCGGCGCAAUGCCAGGGACAAUCCUGCCCCCGAGAUCCCACCGGCAACACGCACAGAUGGACCGAUCAGCGGCCUCAGGGCCGGAUUUCUACCUGAUUGCCGAUCAGGACACUGUUUACGAGCAGGAUCUUCUGCGCACUCCCGGGAGCAUCAAGCCAUGGCUGGCUUAUAUCGAGUAUAAGCAGCAGAAUGGAACGCUGUACGAGCAGGCCUUUGUAAUGGAACGCGCUUGCAGACAGCUUCCGAGAUCGUACAAGCUGUGGAAAUUGUAUCUGGAGUUCCGGACGAACCACCUGCGAGGCCGCAAUGCGACGGUGUACAAGGCCGAGUACCAGAAGGUGAACGCACUCUUCGAGCGGGCGCUCAUCCUCCUCAACAAGAUGCCCCGCAUCUGGGAACUGUACCUCUCGUUCCUGCUGCAGCAGCCGCUGGUGACGCAGACGCGGCGCACCUUCGACCGCGCGCUGCGCGCGCUCCCCAUCACACAACACAACCGCAUCUGGAAGCUCUACAAGAAGUUCGCGCGGUCCGCGUCGGGCCUUACGGCCGUGAAGGCUUGGGCCCGCUACAUGCAGAUCCACCCCGAGAAUGCCGAGGAGUACAUCGCGCUCCUCGUCGACAUGGGCCACUACACCGAGGCCGUGCGCAAAUACAUGGAGAUCCUCGACGACCCGCGCUUCCAGUCCAAGGAGGGCAAGAGCACCUUCCAGCUGUGGACUGAGAUGGUCGACCUGCUGGUCUCCAAGGCGAAACAGAUCGAGACCGGCCCCCGCGUCGGCAUUGAUGUGGACGCCAUCCUGCGCAGCGGAAUUGACCGUUUCGCCGACCAGAGAGGUAAGCUGUGGGCGGGCCUCGCCACCUACUGGAUCACGCGCGGCAACUUCGAAAAGGCGCGGGAUGUCUUCGAGGAAGGUAUUACCACCGUCAUGACGGUCCGUGAUUUCACUUUGGUCUUUGAUUCGUAUGUGGAGUUCGAGGAGUCCAUCAUCGGAAGUUUGAUGGAAUCGGCAGCGGCGCGCACAGACAAUGGCCAGAGCGACGAGGAGGCCGACUUCGACCUCGACCUGCGCAUGCUCAGAUUUGAGCAGUUGAUGGAUCGCCGGCCGUUCCUUGUCAACGACGUGCUUCUGCGGCAGAACCCGAACAACGUCAUCGAGUGGGAGAAGAGAGUGGCUCUCUGGGGUGACAACAAGCACGAAAUCGUGCAGACCUACACCGCGGCCAUCGCGGCCAUCAACCCUAAAAAAGCCCAUGGUAAGUUCUCCGAGCUGUGGGUCAACUACGCCAAGUUCUACGAGAACGGCGGCGAUCUGGAUACCGCACGAGUUAUCAUGGAGAAGGCCGUCAAGGUGCCCUUCAAGUCGGUUGCGGAGCUGGCCGAGACAUGGUGUGAGUGGGCGGAGAUGGAGCUUCGGAGUGAGAACUUCGACAAGGCUGUCGAGAUCAUGGCCAAGGCCACCCAGGCGCCCAAACGAUCGACGGUGGACUACUUCGACGAGACCCUCUCGCCUCAGCAACGUGUACACAAGAGCUGGAAGCUGUGGAGUUUCUACGUCGAUCUCGUUGAGAGUGUGUCCACGAUCGAAGAGACAAAGAUGGUAUACGAGCGCAUCUUCGAGCUGCGCAUCGCCACGCCGCAGACCGUGGUCAAUUACGCCAACCUCCUGGAGGAGCACAAGUACUUCGAGGACUCUUUCAAGGUCUACGAGCGGGGCCUGGACCUGUUCAGCUACCCCGUCGCGUUCGAACUGUGGAACCUGUACCUGACCAAGGCCGUCGACCGUAAAAUCGGCAUCGAGCGACUCCGCGACCUCUUCGAGCAGGCCCUGGACGGAUGUCCUCCCAAGUUCGCCAAGCCUUUGUACCUCAUGUACGGCAACCUGGAAGAGGAGCGCGGCCUGGCCCGCCACGCGAUGCGCAUCUACGAACGGGCGACGCGCGCGGUCUCGGACGAGGACCGCUUCGAGAUGUUCGAGUUCUACAUCACCAAGUCCGCCUCCAACUUCGGCCUGACCUCAACGCGCCCCAUCUACGAGCGCGCCAUCGCCGCCCUCCCCGACCAGGAGGCCAAGGAGAUGUGUCUCAAGUUCGCGGAGAUGGAGCGCCGCCUCGGCGAGAUCGACCGCGCCCGCGCGAUCUACGGACAUGCCUCCCAGUUCUGCGACCCGCGCACCAACGCUGGCUUCUGGCAGAAAUGGGAGGCCUUCGAGGUGCAGCACGGAAACGAGGACACCUUCAAGGAGAUGCUGCGGAUCAAGCGCAGUGUUCAGGCUCAGUACAACACCGACGUCAACUUCAUCGCCUCCCAGGCUAUCGCCCGCAGCCAGCAACGGACCCAGGACGGGGACAAGGUCCUCGCGGACGGCGACGAAGACGCCGCAGCCGCAGCGGAGCAUGCCGACGCCAUGGCCGCCUUGGAGAGACAGGCUCGCGCCCCGGUGGGCUUCGUGGCAGCCAGUACCGGUCCAGAGGGCGGCAAUCAACCUCAGGAGCAGCCCGCUGCUGCUGCUGCUGCUGCCCCUGUCAACCCGGACGCUAUCGAUUUGGAUGAUGAGAUGGACGACUAGUUUGUUGUUUCUGCUUGCCUAGCCAGCCCAGUCCAGCCCAGCCCACUUGCAUAGAUGAACCAACCACCCACCCCGUGAGACGAGAUUCUGUCCUGCUUCACACAAUCUACCAAGCUAUUUAUCCUCCUGUCUGUAGCUUCGUCCACGAACCAAUCAGCCCACCCCACCCAAAUCCCCCGAGACCAGCUAUCUUUCUUCUUCGUGGUAUCUAGCUAUCUACCAACCUGUUAUCUACCAAUUUAC